UUACGAAUUGACAUUGACAGUUUGUUUUGUUUAUUAUGUCGUUCAAAUACAAGUUAUUCGAGAAAAAAUCAGAGAUUACUUUUGCUAAUAAUUGACGGCAAAGUGAAAAGCGGUAACGAAUAAUUAUCACUGUAUAAUGGAUUGGUAAACAAACGAAGCUACCACACGAUUUGUUAUUCAAAAAUAUGAGUCAUUGAUGCAUUUAGCACUUAAAUGUGUACUUGAUGUGUUCAUAAUUUAGUGUCAAGGAGAGACGUUAGCUGAAAUGUGUUAUCUGGCAUCCUCAGUUAUCUCCAUGUAAUGGUUGUAGAUAGCAUCAAUACAUAAAAUAUUUGUGGCUUUGCUGAAAUCUGUACCGACUUGCCUUAUUACAUCUUAAAAUGGCAGCAUAUCCAAACCAAACAAACAAUCCCCCACAAACAAUGGGUUCAACUAAUACAGUUUUCCUUACUGAAACAAGAUUUGACCCCUCAUAUAUCAAAACACCUCCUGGGAUAAUGAAGAUUGUAGUAAUUGUUUUAAAUCUUCUUGGUUUUAUCUGCAUACAAUCGUCAGCGUUUUGGAAUAAUGGUAGAGGUGUAUACUUUAACAUAGUGGCACAAGUUGGACUCUGGUUCUCGGGGAUUCUCCUCCUGCUGUACCUGUUCCAUAUAGUGGAGAAAUACCACAAGUUCAAGUGGCUGGUGAUAGAAAUGAUUGUGUGUGGUGUUCUCGCAUUCCUCUAUCUAAUUGCAUCAACUAUUGUGGUCGCUUUCGGAUCAGCUGCAUACUCUGCUGGUGGGUUCUUCGGUUACUUGGCGAUGGUGGUAUACGGUGGAGACGCGUUCCUCAAGAUGCGUGCCUGGCGCGCCGGCGAGCUCGCGCAGGGCCAGCGCGUCAUGACCAAGCAGACACACAUCACCACACCGUCUGCACUGCCCUAGCACAGCACGGCACAGCACAGCACAGCACAGCGCAGCCCGGUGCUAACUCACCUCACUACAUACCCUUACAAGUAUAAUCAAUAGCUCAAUUUGUACUUAUUUUGAAUUAUGAUGUGUUUCAAGUAGCGAAAUGCCACAUUUAGCUCAUUGGCUCAUAUAUUCAUAGUACAUCACAUUGAGCUGCCAGUUUAGUGGUUGAGUCAUAGCUCAACGGUUCAGAGCUGAUUUUACAAACGUCCAAUAAAUUAUGUGUCCAAAAAUAUGUUGCUAUUAACAAAAUAGGUGUAUAGCAUUGAAAGUGAUCUAUUUGUCCUAAACAUUUAUUAAUAUCGAAGCAGAGAGUUUUGUUGCACUAAUUUAACUGUCGUUUUGUCAUAGAAUGCAACAACAAAAUUAUUUUGUGCAUUCCAAAGCGUGUGACCAGAGUUAAAGGGUUUUUGAUCGUUCCGCUUCAUUGUACACGACGUUUCAGACUUAAAUGCAUAUUACGAGUUAAUUCUGCAUAGAUUGAUCAGAGCUUGCAGGGGCCAAGGUAUUCCGAGACUAAUAAACAAAAUACAUUGUAUUUACCAUUUGAUAGCAGAUUUUUUGGCACUUUAAUGUACUUUUCUUGUUUAGUAUUUGAUACGAUCAUUAUUUUUGUAAUUACCAUUUUAAUUGUAAGUUCAAAUAAACCUAUAUAAAUGUGUAUUUUUAACAUAAUAAUAAAGGUCAUCGUUUUCUCUUAUCGAUCUCGAUAAUCUUAUUACAAUGACUCGGUGAGACGAAGCGAGUCGACUGUAUGGUUACCUCUCGCUCGCACAUAAGCUUAAGUUUUUGUCAUAAAUUAUUUAAUUGGUAAUGAACUUUAAAUUAUCAAAAAAAAAAAUACAAGGAUAUAGAAUUAAAAAAUAUUCGUAAUUAUUUUGUACAAAUACCCAGAGGUAUAAUGUCCAAAGAACGUACGAAGAAAAAAUAAUUUAUUGGCAUUAACAGUAAAAUAGUCUGUUGUGAAAUUAAUAGCUCAUGAGAGUAGUAUUUUAUAAAAGUGAAUAAUUUUUUAAUAUACCUAUCUAUCAGAUUAUAAGAACCGCACUACAUUAAAUCGAGUACUUAAAACAUUUUUCAGUU